AAGCUUGCCAAGAUGUCUGACAGUUGGGAUUCAGAAGAGUUUGUGACUCCCAAAAAGGUUGUCGCAGUCACGGAUAAAUGGGCUGGCGAAGAUGCAGACGAUGAUGUCAAAGAUGAUUGGGAACAAAAUGAUGGCAACAAAGAAGAAGAAAAAGGAAAGGAAAAAGAAAAAACGGGAGGUGCAUACCAGCGUCCAAAGAAAAAACCUUUAGCUGAACGAAUAGCGGGAAAAGAAACCAAGAAGAAGCAGAUGCAAGAAGAAGUAGUUGUCACAGAAAUGUCAAAGAAAGAGAUGACCCCUGCAGAGAGACACUCGGAGAAGAUGAGGUUACGGAAGGUUCAAGAAGAAGCCGACUUGAGGCUCGCAAGAGAAGCGUUCGGUAUUACUGAUAAAAAGGUUUCCGACUCUGGUAUCGAUUCAAUGUUUCCAAGUACAGAAGAGGAAUUUGUAGCAUUUGAGAAUGCACUCAAGACAAAAAUAACAGAAUUUGAAAGUAGUAAAUUUUACGCCUCCUUCUUAGAAAAGUUGUUUACAGAUUUGACGUUAGGGUUGCAAGUUGAAGACUGUAAAAAGAUAGGUUCUGUAAUAAACAGUAUACACCAUGAAAAAGAGAAGCAGAAAAAAGAAUUAGAGAAGAAGAAGAAGAAGAAAAGUAAAAUGUCUGUGAACGUUGAGAGAAAGGAUGAUUUUGAUUUCGGUGUGGGUGGAGACUAUAACGCAUACGAAGACGACGGAGAUAUAUAACCUAGUGCUCGUUAGAGCUGGCGUACGCCUCCCAGCAUCACACAAUACCAGCUGACUUUCAAGUGGCCUUCAGUGUGUAUUGGUUCCUACGUUUACCAAAACCGUGACACAAAUGUACGCAGAGUGUUUUGGGGAAAUUCUAUCAAACGUUCAAAACCUAGCCAUUCGCAAUCAUUUGCUGCAUAGACUAAUGUACACAGACAUAUGACUGUCGAGAGGAAAUUUUUAUUCUACAGUUUACCCUAACAGGCUAUGCAAUAUAGUAAUAUUUUCUUCUCUUUUUUUUUCUCUUUUUUUUUUGUGCUGAAGUCUUAUUGUAUAUCUCCCUCCCCUAACCCCAAUUCCACUAGACUGGUCUGAAUAUAUCUGAUCAAAAGCCAACAUUGGCUAAAUCGUCUUGUGUGUGUCCUGUUUAUGCACCUUUUUUCUUCGUCUUCCUCGGCUAUUCUCGUCUAAAUGUCGUCUUUUUUUUUUUCUCAGGGCUCACACUGGAACAAAGCUUAGCCAAUUUUGAGAAAUGUAGAGCAUUUUCUUGAAAUUGAUUAAAAUGUGGUUAAUUUGAGGAAUAUUUUAUUAGCCUAAAACUAAAUUUUGUAGCCAUUUUGUAUAAAAAGUUAGCAAUUGGCUAAUCUGGCAAUAUACAGGGCGAGCCCUGGGUCUGCAUCUGUUCAAGACAAUCAAUCAUUCUGAAACCGGAAACAGGAUACUUGUGACACAAUACAAGAUCUUGGUCAAUAGUUUCAGGCUUUCAGAUUUCACGGAAACAGGAUACUUGUGACACAAUACAAGAUCUUGGCCAAUAGUUUCAGGCUUUCAGAUUUUAUGGAAACCGGAUACUUGUGACACAAUACAAGAUCUUGGCCAAUGGUUUUAGGCUUUCAGAUUUCAUGGAAACGAUUGUUUCCGGUACCGUGUCGGUGAAAUCGUGGAACCACAAUUUAAUUUCCCAUGAUUAGUAUAUCAAGUACGACUGUCACUCAGCAGAACCUAAAACCAGUUUCCAAUGAGUUUCCCAUGAUCACAAGGCACGGAACCGAAAAAAGUGUUUCCCAUGAAAUUUGAAAUCCUAUGGCCUGUUGUUGGGAUGUUCGUACCAAUUCCUUGGAAUUUGGAGGGGAAUGCAGUAGCCUAGCUUGGUUAUUAUGCAUUUGUGAAAAAGAGAAAACACUUGUUUUAUUUCCCUGUUAUCUAUAUCGGUUUUCAAUCUUUCUUUUUUUUCUUUUUUUUUCUUUCCUUUUUUUCAAAGGAAAAUAAGGGGCACUGAAUUUAAAAUUUGGUCUUUUCAGAUCUUUUUGAAUUAAAUAAUUUAAUUUUUUUUAAUUUGGUAUACAACUUCAACUUACCAAGUUAUAGUUGUUGAUGGUUUUAGAUUUCACCGUAUUCCUUAAUUUGGUGGGGGACUACAAUUCACCAUAUUUGUAUAGAUUGAUUGUUAAUGGCAUGAUUCACAAAUGGUAACCAUAUUUUGCUUUGUGUUGAGCAUAAUUUGUUGUGUCCUGAAGUAUAACAUAACUAUCACAGUUCGAAGAAUCUGUAGCUAAGAACAGGACAUUCAUAUUGUGCAGAAUUAUUUUGUGGAUACAAAUUGAACGGCAAAACAUCUUGUUGGUAGUCAGUUUGAAAAAGAAUUGUUAUUAACAGUGCAUCAAAGAAAAAUAAUUGUGGGGAUUCCCGCCAACUGGGAUCGAUCCCGGGACCUACUGCACAUCAGGCAAGCGCUUUACUUAAGGGCUACGUCCCGCCCCUAUUCAUUAGGAAUGCAUCGUCAUCAAUUUACCGAUUGUAGUUGGAGAAGUGUUGACCAAAUUCUUGUUUCAGUUAUCCAGUCAGGACAUUUUAAAGAAUUGUCUUUCAAAUUAGCUUUGUAGGGAUUUCAUAAUGAAUAUAAUAUAUUGGAAAUUUUAACUAUAAUUCACAUUUAGGAAACAGCCGUUUUAACUCCGAAAUGUUAGGAAUACUAGUUUUUCUUGCAAAUGGGUCUUGGCAAUAAUAAAUUGUAAAUUACUGAUGUGACAACUAUUGAACAGGUCAUCCAUUAACUGCAUAACAGAAUGACUAUUUACAAGUGACAUAUUUUCUCCUCUCAUUUAAAUGUAUCAUAAAUUUGUAAAUUAUGAAAAA